AUGGAAAGUAAGGCUGGACCGUCUGGAAGUAAAUCUACGAGUAGUUCUAGAAAAAAGCGUCGGCAUAGUGAUGAGUAUGAGUCUGACUAUAGUAAUGAGGAUGUGUAUUAUCAAAGAGCUGAUGAAGACUCUUCAAGUUCAAAGGUCUCGUCUAGUUGCGGCAGUGAUGAUAGUAUCUUUGAUACUAGACUGAAGCAGAAGACGACCAGCCGUGUACCACCAGCUCAACCUUCAAGAUCACCUGCCUCAAAGACGGCCAGCCUUGUACCACCACCUCAACCUUCAAGUUCAUCUGCAUCAAAACGUGGUUUAUGUGAGUCAGAUGGAAGGCCUAUCAUUCAAUGUAAGCGAUUAAGACCCACAUUUAGGGAUGGCCCCACGCGUAAUAAUUCUGCUCAAUCGUGGAAGUUACCAGAUCCAAAUAGUUCCUCAGCAUCGAAGCCAGCGCCUCGACAACUGGAAUUUGAUGGAGACGGUAGCUUUGAAUUCAAUUAUGAAAUUGACUGCCGUCCUACAUCGCCGAAUAUCGUACAGGACUAUGGAGAUUUUUCCCCGGAUAUACCAGAUAGCUGUCUAUUAAACCCUACCUGUUCAACACCUAGCGUAUCUCUUCUGAGAUCCGAUGCGAUCACCCCCAACCUUUCGACAGAACGUAAUGACGCCUCUCCAUCAAUUCUGGCUAUUCGGAGAUCUGUAAAUAGUACUCCGGAAUUACUAGAUAAUUAUUAUCUAUCACCCAAUAACUCACCCUCUGGUCAAGGAGCCACUACCACCUGGAGCAGUGAUCCAAGCUCCAUGAAAAACAUAGAGUUCACUAAGGAUCAGGAACUCUUAGUGCCGCCUCCAACUGAUCCUUACGAAGCAUUCCGAUUAUUGAUUGAUGACGAGUUGUUAGAUCUUAUAGUUCGCGAGACCAACGCGAACGCAAUAAGAGUCGGUAAUGCACAAAACGUCAAACAAAACUCCAGAAUAAAAUCUUGGAAAGAUUUAACAAAGGAAGAACUGUUGACAUUUUUAGGACUCCUUCUUAACACAGAAACAAUUCGAUUAAACCGUUUAAGUGAUUAUUGGAACGACACUAUUUGUUUAAUAUUCCAUGCUUCAGACAAUUCAUGGCACGAAAUCGUUUUCUACUGA